GUAGAUUACAACGAUAAUGUCUUACAUGUCAUCCAAGAAGCGUAAAUUUUGCCAAUAAUGCCACAAUUUCUGCGUGUGUGUGAUUUAGUCGGCUGUGUUCCGAACGAUAGGUAAAAAGGCAGAUGCACAUGUAGACGUGGUGAGGAGCUGAAGCAUUGAAGUAUAUAUGCCACAGAGAACAGCCAUGUCUGACCGUGAGGAUAACGCAGAGGGGAAGACUCUGUCAGAGGGUCAGGACCCAGCUAUAGUACAUGGCGCUUGCGGUGGCGGCCAGUCUUCCAUCCACGCCUCUAUGACCAGCCUCGAUCAACUUUCCGAACCGGUCGUGGAUGACUUUGUAGACAAUCUGAGCCUGGAGGUGCAACUGGGGGAAGGGAGCUCUCGUCAUGCGUCUGAGAUCAGCUCUCUGUCGUACCAAAACCUUCUGGAGGACGGGGAACCAGUAGGAGGGGCAGUGGGAGGGGCUGGCUCAUUGGGAAUGUACUCUCGUCAUGAGAGUGAGGAAAGUGUGGACUCUUGUGUAGCCGAUUACCCAGACACAGACUUUCAACCUAUUGACGUUGAAAAAUUUGCUGCCCAGUCAUACGAAAUGGCUCGUAGAUUCCCCUCUGAUCGGGACGAGGCUCCAGAGUCUACUGACUCCACCCCUGAAGAUAAACAUGCGCCGGAUUUCAACAUGGGGGACAGGACUCCCAGUGCCACUAAUCAGCUGGAGCAUAGCAUUGAAGGGAUUAAGUUACCAGGUGCAGAAGUGGGUGGGUCUGACCCCGAUGAAGACAAAUCUACAUCCUGUAAAAACGGCUCUUCCUGUCACGGUCAGAAGGACUCUUGUAGAACAGUUAAAUCGGAGCAUCUGAACGGUGAUUGUGAUAAUUUCAGUUUACAGAAGGAACCCAUUCGUAAGAGGAACAGUCUGGAAAUCAGGAAUAAUAUUCCAGUGGUAGGCGAAGUGAAACAUUGCGAGGAUAAUGGAACAAUGGCAAAUUAUAAUGCCCAGGGCGCUAAACCCAAGAUGAGAAAAAAGUCUCCAGGUUUGGCAUGUCGUGUGAAUGACCGUCACUCGGGGAGCGGUAGCGAUCGGGAUGGGUCCAGCUCAGAACGGGAUGUGGAGAGAGUUAGGUCAUCAUUAGUGUUCUCAGCGGAAGGCUCUGCCAUACCUGUAGAAAAACUGCGCGGUGCUCAGGUGAGAGACAUGAAUGGCUCUCAUAUUCUCGUUGAUGGCCAUGGCGUGGAACAUGGCGGAGAUGUUCACAUAGAGAACGAAUAUGAUUAUGUCAAGUAUGCAAGAGUCCAGUCAGACAAUUCUUAUGUCGGCAUGAGGCUGGCUUAUUCCAGCUCCGCAGAGGGAAGUGCCAUGAAAAUUGGGAGUCACACUUCAUCUAGUCAAGAUGGAAGCUCAACAAUAGGAUCUAGGGAAUCGUCACCUGAAAAGGCUCUCCAUCAGAGAAUCCUGCGGGAACUAGGUGGCAACUGUGAUCCUGAAAAACAGAAUGUCACUGAAGAAUCUCUGACAGAAAUACCCUUGAACAAUAUAGACGGGACACUAGGGGACGAGAGGCAGGCUUUCACACUGUCUCCAGAGAACACUGAGUGUGACAGUAUUGAGGUGGAAAGCGUGCUGUCAGAAGGUGAAAAGUCAGUGUCUGGCAUGCCCAAUGUUGAGGACGGAUUGUCCAGCAGCCAGACCAGUGAUGUGGAGGACAACAACUACCAUGAUGGUCCAGCAGAUCUGCUGCGGCGCAGACAACGGGCUGAGUUAAUGCAAGGCCUAGAACAAUUAGAGAAUGGGGACUCCCCAGAAGGUCCAAAAGACAUUGACGCCCAGGCCAUCAUGGAGGACCUCAAGGCUAAGCGUGAAGCCCUGGACAUGGCCAUUGCAGAUAUCAAGUCAGCCAUUAAGAACAGCAAGGGAGUGGCUCUGUCCUCGCCUCCACUAGAGAAUGAACUGGGCAAUGGAGGGGAACCGGUUUGGGUCAUGAGGGACAGCUAUGUACAGAAGCUGCAGCGGCAGGAGGAGAUGCGGAGGGUGAGAGAUGAGAUAGAACGCCAGCAAGAAGAAGAAUUUGCCAAAAGGGAUGAGGGCAGAGAACUGGAGUUAGAUGGGAACAAAGUGGUGACUGUUGAAGGGCAGUACAGGCGUAGUAAUGGUAAAGAGUACCAUACCCCUAAAGGUUAUGAUACAGACGAUGAACAUGAAGAUAGUGAUGACAUUCAAUAUGUGCAUAGGAGUAAAGGCAAAAAAUAUGCUUCUCUGCCCAGUGAAGAUGCGCAGAUUGCUAUAGAUUCUCUCAAAUGUAGGGGCUUUGGGUCGUCCGAGUACGGAAACAUGACUAAAUCUAGGCAUAAGCGAAACUCUCCGCGGCACGGCCUGGGGAAUGGUCAUCGACACUCGGACCCUGUAUAUAAUAAUUCUGAGGUUAGUUAUAACUACGAGCCCGAGAGGGCGUAUUCAGACGGCCCGUAUUCGUCAGAGGAGUGUGGCAGUGACGCGGAACAGCCGCCCCCCACCGCCUAUGUCAGCCAGAAACAGGAAGGAGAUUACGACACAGACGAAGAGACGGACCAGCUUCUGGAGAAACAGUAUCAGAAGGAGCAGUCAGUUGACAUUCCAGAGCUCACAGAUCCUCCAUUGGAAAAGGAAAAGAGGAAAACUCGAGCUAAAGAAGGUAUUAAACUGCUUGACCCAAACAACCCUGCAGUGCUGAUAGAAGGUGUGUUGUUCCGUGCUAAGUACCUGGGCUCCACCCAGCUCAUCUCCGAGGGACAGCCUUCUAAAGCCAUGAGGAUGAUGCAGGCCCAGGAGGCUGUGGGCAGAAUCAAGGCCCCAGAAGGAGAAUCCCAGCCCAGCACAGAGGUGGAUUUGUUUGUGUCAACAGAGAAGAUCAUGGUCCUGAACACAGACUUACAGGAGAUUAUGAUGGACCACGCGUUGAGGACAAUCUCUUACAUCGCUGAUAUUGGUGACAUCUUGGUUAUAAUGGCUCGAAGACGAAUCAUUGCCAGUCCAGAUGGAGAGCCACUACGCAGAAAAAACCAACAAAAGAUAUUGUGUCAUGUGUUUGAGUCUGAAGAGGCCCAGUUGAUAGCACAGUCCAUUGGCCAGGCAUUCCAGGUUGCAUACCUGGAAUUCCUCAAGGCCAAUGGAAUCGAAGACCCAGGAAUCAUGAAGGAAAUGGACUAUCAGGAUGUGCUGAAUCAACAGGAAAUUUAUGGCGAGGAGCUUAACCUUUUUGCCAACAAGGACUUCCAUAAAGAGGUGAUAUGCCCAAAGCUGAAGAGUGAGGUUCUUGGGGUAGUGAUUGUGGAGUCAGGUUGGGGGUCCAUGGUCCCCACAGUGGUGCUAGCCAACAUGGCCCCUAACGGGGCAGCGGCCAGGUGUGGCCAGCUCAACAUAGGCGACCAGAUCAUCUCCAUUAAUGGGGUCAGCUUGGUGGGUCUACCACUGUCAGCCUGCCAAAACUACAUCAAGGCUGCCAAGACUCAAACUGUUGUCAAGCUGACUGUGGUCCCAUGUCCACCUGUGGUGGAGGUCCUUAUCAAAAGACCCGAUGUCAAGUAUCAGCUUGGCUUCAGUGUACAAAAUGGCGUGAUUUGCAGUUUGUUGCGAGGCGGUAUUGCCGAGAGAGGAGGUGUGCGUGUGGGUCACCGGAUUAUUGAAAUCAACAACACCAGUGUUGUGGCUGUACCUCAUGAUAAAAUAGUGUCCUUAUUGGCCAAUUCGGUCGGAGAAAUCCACAUGAAGACUAUGCCCACAUCCAUAUUCCGUUUGUUAACCGGUCAAGAAACACCACAUUAUUUAUGAGACUGGUCACUUUAUGACCUCACAUGGCCGUAACUUGAGGAAAGGAUGGACUUAAGUUGGUUUUCCUGGUGGUGAAUUUCAAGAAAUGGAGCCAGAGCAAAGAUUGUUGUGAACAGAGUUGUCUCCCCUCAAAGUUAACAAGAAGAGUUUCUAAAAUUAGUGCCAAGGGAGUUACAUUACUGCGUUUGUGUCUUGCGUGAUUGUGUCUUGCAGAUGAGCUUUGGAUUAUAUCUCUUAGCUGGACAGAUUGUUGUUGACUCUUAUAUGGAACUUUAUUUACCUGGCUGGGUAAAUAUAGGUGAAUCUUUGCAAUCAGGAUCUGUGUGGGUAAGAAGAGAAGAUCCAAUAUUGGAUACUGCCAUUAUGUCUGCCUGGCUACAGUGUACAGCGCACAUAGACACGCAUCAAGUCAGCACUGUGUUGUAUACUAUGACCAAACUUCCCUGGAGGACUGAUCGAUAUGAAUGUACAAAUUGAUGAAAUUGUAUACAUGUGUUUGCUUCAUGUUGCCACUGACGCAUUGUUUUGUUAACGAAGUGGAGUGAAAUUUGAGGCAGGGCUGUAGGUGGAUAGGAAAACAAAAUGGCAAAAUGCUUGCCACACUGUAAGUUAUGCUCUGGUUUGAAAUAAAAACAUGCAUCGUGUCAAUUGUAGGACUGAAAUAUUGGUUACACAGAUGAAUGAACUCCAGUGUUCAAUACUUAUUGUGAGCAUUGGAAGACUUGCUUUGGCUUUUCAGGCUUCCUGUUGUGCAAGAGGUAUGGAGUUUGAAAGAGUGCAUCUGUAGUGAAAUUAUCAGGGAAGAUUUUAGAAUCAGUAUGUAAUGAAUGUGGGACAGGCCUUUUAAUUAGUUUGAUCUGAAGUCCAGGCCAUGUGAAGUCAGGAAAUGAAAGAUUCUUGGCAUCUGCAAGGACUGUUGAAGCUGUUGGAUUUGAGCUGUUUAUACGGAACAUAAAACUCUUCAGUUUAAUGUAAGAAGGGAUUGGAGAUAGUUUGUCAGUAUUUUAGCAUAAAAUGUAAAAAUAUCUACUGAGAGAGAGUGCUGUCAUAUCUCAGUGAAGUCAGAUUAAGUGGCCCCUCUUUAAAUACAGAGGAGAGACUUGGUAACAGUCAGAAAUAUUGGCUCAAUGCAUGAAGUGAAAUGAGGAGCUGACUUCGCUUCCCAAAAUAGAGAAGAAAGAAUUUGAUUAGACAGACAUAGGGCGAACUGGGAAUAGGUUUUACUUAAGGGUUAGUCUGUGCGACAAGUCACUGUAAGGAGUGGAAAAUAGCCCCUGGCUCUGGGGAGAUUUGAGUGUCAUCUAAAGGGAGGUAAAUUUGACUCUUAAAUCAAGAUGCAAUUAUUUUCUUGGGCAGGGAAGACUUGACGGGUCAUUUCCUUGUCAAAGUAUUACUCACCUGUAGUCAAUGAAUGAUCCCAUGGUAACAGUCCAUAGAUUUACUGUCAUUUUUACAUGGAUGGCUUAAAGGUCGUUGGUUCAAACUGGCGCUGUUGUCUUCCUCUAGCUGCACGUAUUGAUUGUCUAUAAUAGAUGUAGUUGCUGUUUUCAGGUAAAAAAAAAUUAGCAAAACCUUCCAUGAAUGUGCAAGCAUUGUUGUUUGCCAGAGAAACACUUAUUAACAGAACGCAUGGUGUGUUUGCUGCCAUAUGAUUAUACACAAAUGUCAACACUAGACCUCAUCAAUAGAAACUUGCAAUGGUCAGAGGAUUUUGACAGUUGGAGUACUCUCCCUUCGUUGCAGGAACUCUCUUGCAGCAAAGGGAGAAUACAUGUCUGUCAUUUUGUCUGGUAAAUUGUAAAUAUUCGUUGAAGUGUGCAACAGCGUUGCGUAACAACAUUACUUAGGGCCUACAUUAUAUAUUGAGAAUAUGUGUGUAUGAAGUACUGUCACAUGUGCAAUCUAUCAGGGUUCAUUCAGUUAAUGAAAUUGGGACAGAACAGUCAAGUUUUCAACAUUUUUUUCUUGUAAGAGCAGAGAGGUAUAUUCACUUCUUAGUAAUGGAAGUAUUAGUACCCGUAGUGAGAAAAAUGAGCACCUGAAGCUUAAACACGGAUUGUCGAGGUUCACUUGUUUUUUAUUCUCUCCAGGAAGUUUUUAAACAAAUGUAUACAUAAUGAUAGCUGUAGAUGUGGUACAGUGUUGCCAGGAUAAGUAUAUACAUGUAGACCUUAAUACGUUGCUUUAAGAUUGACAGGACAUGUUGGGAAUUACUUUAAAUCAAUGCAGAUUUUAGUUCAUUUCAAAUACAUCCACAUCCAGAACAUAAUUUAAAACAAAAUGUGAAGAAGUAACUAUUGUCCAGUUAUUGACAGAUUGUGCAUUCUGCAAAAUGUUGCAAUGCAAGCAUAAAUCAAAUUAAAGGCCAUACUGCAUUAUCUUCGUUCUAGUUUAAGAUAUAAAGGUUUUAAUAGGUAAUGAAUUUGCCACACAGAUGUGUGUCUGUUUAUUUCAAGAGCAGAAGCCAGGGUCCACUAUAUUAACCUGAGAUAUUCAGUUGAUUAAAUUCAUCUGUGAGAUAUUGACAUGGCAUAUACACCAUUAGGCCUAACAAGUGUUUUGAUGAAAUUUCAGACUGGAUUAACUCUUCUGCUGAUAAAUCUAAUGUAUGUAUAUACAUUUGACGAGUACACGAAAGCUUAAGUUUUAGCUUGAAGUGAAAGAUUGUUGCAGUUUUUUGAGAUUUUGCGUCAUAUGACUUUCACAGAAAUGCUUGUAUUAAUAAAUGUCAUCAUCAGUCAUAUUUUGGGACUCCAGUGCCUCAUGAUUUACUCUGUGUACAUACUGUAUAAUGACCAUACCAUGCCCAUUAGCUAUAAUUAUAAAAUGUAACGUUGUUUAAUUGUCAAGAUCGAGCAUCUCUUCUGAUUGCCUCGUUUUCUCAUUGUCCAGGUCUGUGAUUCCAAUUCUUGUGUAAAUAGCUUGUGAUCCUUUAAAUGUGAUUUUUGAUUAUUGAGUAUACCUGUCAUUGUUAACGCUGGCUAUGUCAUCUUAUAUUACUACAUUCCUUAGAUCUCUGAGAAUAAAUUUUACAUUUCUUGCUUUUAUAGCAACUCUUCUACCACUGUGCCCCUCUUUAGUUGGUGAUAUUCACAUCCACACAUGGUGCUACUGUGGUUCUUUGUUCAUUUUAUAUACAGUAUCCUCAUUUUAUUAAGGUUCAGCCAGUGCUUUUGUUGUUGUUGUUAUUUAUCUUUUACCAUGUUCUUUUGUACAAUGUAGCCUAUCCCCAGCUUUUAUUUAAACACCAAGAGUAGCAAUGUUACAUGUAAAGUUCUGGAAAUUUAGAGAGAACCUCUGAAUCACAGCGCUGUGGACAUAAUCUUGCAAUAUCUUCCUUUCCCACAUAUAUCACAUCAAACAUUUACAGCAAGAACUUCUUGACAUGCAGUUAUAGCUAUGAAUUUAAAAGUUUAUUGAAAGUUUAUUGUCAGCAUUUUAAUAUAGUGUGCAUCUAUCUGCCAGAUGGUGGGUCAUUUAGAGUUUGAUGCUUGUCAGCAUGAUAACUGCAUUUUAGUGGACAGUUAAUUUCUUGACAGUUCCAUAAGUUGUCUACAUUAUGUGUCCAAUGAUUUUUUUUUUUGUCUUCAGAGCUAACAGGCAAACUUAUUGUCAAAAAUUUGUUUGAUGUUUCAUUUGUAUCUAAAGUAAAAAAAGAAGACCUUGCCUGUUUUAAAAUAUACUAAGCCCAAAUGUCACAUUAAUAUGCAAUUUAAUAUGUCCAGGCCUAAUGCAAGGGCUUAUUACAAAGUCAUUGGGCCACAGUUUGACCAAAAUUUUUUUUUUAAUGUCCUCCAACAAUCUGUUCCAGCCUUGAAUUUACUCAUACAUGGUAUGGAUACAUGUGGCUUGUAUGAUUGGAACAAAAAGUGUUAGUCUUUAUUGGAUAGAUGUGAAAGCCAGUAGACCUAAGAAUUCAUACAUGUAGUGUAUGUGAAGUGGAGCUCAACUGUAAUCAUUCUUUCAUACUAUAUGCUGUGAAGAAGUUAUCAAAUGCCAAAAUAUUUUGUUAUUCUGUGCAAAACAUAGGAACAACUGGACUACAUACUAGAUAAGGUAUAAGAUGCGGUUUGCAAUGUUGCUGAGAACACCAAUAUCCUCUGUUCAUUUUAUGGGUGGAAGUCGAGUUUGAUAUCUUUUUGUUUUACCUUGUUUUUAUAGGAAAUUUGGUGGGUUAUUAGAACAGUUGAUUCACAAUUUAUAAUUAAAGCUCAAUGUGUUUGGUGAAAGGAAUUAGUACCAUACCAUUAACAAGGAAUACUGUUGAUGAAUAUUCACCUUUAACCUUGAUGGUGUUGUUGGACAGAUUCACCCAGUGAUAGGGAGUGUCACAACUGUUCUGUGGAAUGGUUGAUUAACAACUCAGAAAUGUACUUAUUUAAGGAUGUACAUGGUAUUUAAUAUUUACUGUAUGAUUUAAGGAGGGGAACAGAAAAUUUACCGAUUGUAAAUAUGAUGUAUUUCUGAUUAUAUAAAUACCUAUACCUGUAUAUUUUGUAUGUAUGUGUAUAGCUGGGUAAGUAUGAGGUGGGCAUAUGCGUACGUAGGUCAUCCGCAUAGUAUUGUUACAUAUAUCGCUACAUGAGAUAUAUGGCUGAUAUUUAAAUGUCCCUUGUAGAGAUACGUCAUUUGUCCCCCAAAAGUUGUACUGUGGUCAGUAGAGAGUCAAUAGCCCUCGGUGUUGUAUGUCUUGCUAUCAGGCGUGUGUAAAUCAAUGUUAACCUGGCCAUCUCUUGUUCUAAUUGACAGAAGAAGCUGUGCAGACUUUUAAGUUCGCUGAUCUGAAUAAAAUUUGUCUAACUUG